AUGACGACCAUGAAGCGGAUUUUCAAGCGCCUCGAAGUCAAGGACCACGAUGAAGGAGCCCUUGACAAGAGAGUCAACCAUGACAUCCGGCCUUUAGAGCCACACAGACGAACCUAUGGUCCUUGGCAGUUUGUGACUCUUUGGGUCAUAACCGGUUCUUUCAACAUCGGCGGUUGGACCACCGGGUCCUCGCUAAUCGCUCUUGGACUCAACGUCUGGCAAGCAAUGCUGACGGUCAUUAUUGGCAACGUACUCGUCGGUUUUCUGUGCGUUGCAAGCGGAGCCCCAGGCGCGAAAUGGCACAUAGGGUUCCCUGUCAUUCAGCGGUGCUCAUGGGGCACCCGAGGCUUCAGGUUCAUCGUCAUCCAAAGAAUCUUUUUGGCCUGCAUCUGGUUCUCGACCCAGGUCUACUGGGGCGGACAGUGUGUGCGGGUGCUCCUGACUGCGAUAUGGCCAUCAUUCGCCAAGGUCGAUACGCCUCUGGCCAAUGGGACCAUGACCACGGGCGAUUUCACAGGCUUCAUCAUCUUCACCAUCUGUUACCUCCCGCUCGUGUGGAUCAAGCCGGAAAAGUACAAGAUUCCAUUCUUGAUCUCUUGCGCCAUUGUCAUACCGACCAUCUUCGUCAGCCUUGUCUGGUUCACAGCCAAGGCGAAGGGUGCCGGAACGCUGGUGCACGAUGUCAGUGGACUCACGGGCAUCACGCAGGCAAAGGGCAGCCAUCUCGGGUGGAUGAUGACCUUGGGCAUCUGUACGAACAUCAGCUCCAUCAGUGUCCAUAUUUUCGUCCAGUCCGACUACACGCGGUACGCAAGGAAGCCCAAAGACCAAAUCCUUGCCCAACUAGUCAUGGUCCCCAUGGGUACCAUCGUCGUGGCCUUGAUCGGCAUCAUCUGCACGUCGUGUGCGGCGCAACUCUUCCCCGAGCAAGAGGGGGCGCUUCUCUGGGCGCCGUAUGACCUGUUCAGCGCGCUGCAACAGCACUACGACAACUCGUCCCGGUCUCGCGCGGCCGUGGCGUUUGCGGCCAUCUCGUUCGGCGUCGCGCAACUCGGCAUGGUCGUGGCCAACAAUGGCGUCUCGGCGGGCAUCGACCUGGCCGCCUUGCUUCCGCGCUUCUUCACCAUCCGCCGCGGGAUGCUCCUGAUGUCGUGCCUCGCGUUCGUCGUACAACCGUGGCAACUCCUGAACGGUGCGAGCAAGUUCCUGACUGUUCUGGGCGGGUACGGUGUCUUCCUCGGACCCAUGACCGGCGUCAUGUUCGCCGACUACUUUGUCCUUCGGAAGCGGCUGAUCAAGCUCACGGAUUUGUACGAGAAUCAUCCGGGGAGCAUUUAUUGGUACUUUCACGGCGUAAACUGGCGAGCCCUCGUGGCAUGGGCCAUGGGUGUGUGGAUCAACGUCCCUGGAUUCGCCGAGUUUGUCAAGUACGGAUCCACAAAGACCCUCAAAGGGUGGUCGAACCUGUACGAUAUCUCGUAUCCGCUGGGAAUGUUGUUGUCGGUGUUGACGUACGUGUUGUUGAACAAGUUCUGGCCCAUUGCUGGGUUAGCCGAGGUGGAUGACUUGGAUUUCUUUGGCACGUUUGGUCCGGCUGAGACUAGGUCUCUACAUGGUGAAGAGGUCGAGACUGUUAAGGUCGCUCAGGACGGUAAGACUCUGGUUACAGAUACGGACAAGGAGAUGUAG